UGCAGCACACAGGGUGGUGGAGGCCACUGUCCGAUGAUAACGACCUCCUCACUGCAGCCCUCCCAGGGGCGGGGGCAGCAGAGGAGGCUGGGGUCCCAGGACUGGCUUGCUGCUAGAAAGCUGGAGGAAGGAGUUAAGAAGGACGGGCUGAUGACCGUGGAGACAGAGCUCUGUUUAUCCAGGAAAAGAGGUCGUACGUAGGCAGCGGAGGCCCCUGCCAGCUCCUCCCAGAAGGACUGGGCUGGGGGAGCAAGCCAGAGAGGAAGCUACUCCCCUCCUGGCUCUGAACGCCUGCUGAUCAGAGGCCAGGAACCGGCGGCGGCCUACAGGCCUCCAGGCUUCACAGCCCCGUUUUUCCCGCCCAGAGAGGGGCCCGCGCGCUGGGGGCAAAGUGCUCGGCCCACCCGGUGUAUGUUCGGAGCGUCACCCACCUCAAGCCCUCUUCUCUCCUCCGAAGGCCUUCCCUCCCGGAACGCUGAAAUUGCACCUUCUCGGCCUUGCGGAAUUCGGACUUCCGCCAUCCUCACCCCACUUCAUGUGGCUCUUGGAGAAAGCCGGCUACAGGCUGGGGGCCCCGGAGUCCGGGCCCCGAUGGGCGCCGUCCAACCUGCUCCCCAAGCGCCGAGCCCGGGGCCCGCCCGCGCGCGCCUGUCCUAACGUCCUCACCCCCGACCGCAUUCCGCAGUUCUGCAUCCCGCCCCGGCUCCCAGACCCCGGCGGCGCCCAGCCCCCGGCUGGGCGCGGCCUCCCCGCAGCCUGUUCGCUGCCGCACCUGGCGGGCCGCGAAGGCUGGGCCUUCCUGCCUGAGAGCCCGCACACUCGCCGGCGCGAGUCUCUGUUCCACCCGCCGCCCCCCGCCGCCGCCAGGGGGCUGUCCCCGGCGCACACCCGGCUGCACGUAUCCGCCCCGGACCUGCGCCUCUGCCGGGCCCCCGACAGCGACACGGCCUCGUCGCCCGAGUCGUCGCCCUUGGGCUCGCCGCGGCCAGACCCCGGCCGGCCCCGGCCGCGCUCGGCGGCCCCGGAGGAGGCGAGCUCCGCCCGCACCAGCCCGCACGCGCCGCGCCGAGCGGGGCCGCCGCUCUUCCACCCGGACUUCCCGUGCUGCCGGCUGCGGCCCACCAAGGAGAGCGUGCUGCGCCUCGCGCCCCGAGGCGGCCAGCUGCGGCUCUCCGCCGAGUACCUGGCCGGGCCCGGGCGGCUGCGCCUGCGCCUGGUGAGCGCCGAGGGCCUGCCGCGGUCGCGGGCCGGGCCCGGGAGCGGCGGCGGCGGCUGUUGCGUGGUGCUGAGGCUGUGGCCGCGCGUCCGGCCGCGGGGCCAACGGAGCCGCGUGGUCAAGUGCAGCGCCAACCCCAUCUUCAACGAGGACUUCUUCUUCGACGGGCUGGGGCCGCCAGACCUGGUGGCCCGCAGUCUGAGGGCCAAGGUGCUAGACCGGGGCGCGGGCUUCCGCCGAGAUAUCCUGCUGGGAGAGUGUGAGACGCCUCUUAUGGCCCUGCUGCCCCCCUUGGGUGGGGAGCUGGGUCCGGGGGCCUCCCUGGCGCCUGGCCAUCUCAGUCCAUAGGCUGAGAACCUGUGUUUUCCUCAGGAGGCCUCCACUCGAUCUGCAGUAUUCGUUCUUUUCAGGCUGCCUGGCCGGUAUUUAUUUUUGCUAAUAAAGUGUCUGCUUCUAGCAGGGUUUCUCCCCUGUUGGCACCCUAUA